ACCGUACCCUCCAUUAGUACGUCUCCCUCCUCAGAGCCUCCUUUGCCCCAAGAAGCACCAUGACUUGUGGAUCUUACUGUGCUGGCCGCGCCUUCAGCUGCAUGUCGGCCUGCGGGCCCCGGCCCGGCCGCUGCUGCAUCACCGCCGCCCCCUACCGCGGCGUCUCCUGCUACCGCGGCCUCACCGGCGGCUUCGGAAGCCACAGCGUCUGCGGCGGCUUCCGCGCCGGCUCCUGCGGCCGCACCUUCGGCUACCGCUCCGGCGGCGUGUGCGGCCCCAGCCCGCCCUGCAUCACCAGCGUGUCCGUCAACGAGAGCCUCCUCACGCCCCUCAACCUGGAGAUCGACCCCAAUGCGCAGUGCGUGAAGCACGAGGAGAAGGAGCAGAUCAAGUGUCUCAACAGCAGGUUCGCUGCCUUCAUCGACAAGGUGCGCUUCCUGGAGCAGCAGAACAAGCUUCUGGAGACCAAGUGGCAGUUCUACCAGAACCGCAAGUGCUGCGAGAGCAACCUGGAGCCCCUGUUCGAGGGCUACAUCGAGACGCUGAGGCGGGAGGCCGAGUGCGUGGAGGCCGACAGCGGGAGGCUGGCCUCGGAGCUCAACCACGUGCAGGAGGUGCUGGAGGGCUACAAGAAGAAGUAUGAGGAGGAAGUCUCUCUGAGAGCAACAGCUGAGAAUGAAUUUGUGGCUCUGAAGAAGGAUGUGGACUGUGCCUACCUCCGCAAGUCAGAUCUGGAGGCCAACGCGGAGGCCCUGAUCGAGGAGAUCGACUUCCUGCGGCGCCUGUAUGAGGAGGAGAUCCGCGUUCUCCAUGCCCACAUCUCAGACACCUCGGUCAUCGUCAAGAUGGACAACAGCCGGGACCUGAACAUGGACUGCAUUGUGGCCGAGAUCAAGGCUCAGUACGACGACAUCGCCAGCCGCAGCCGGGCUGAGGCCGAGUCCUGGUACCGCAGCAAGUGCGAGGAGAUGAAGGCCACGGUGAUCCGGCACGGGGAGACCCUGCGCCGCACCAAGGAGGAGAUCAACGAGCUGAACCGCAUGAUCCAGAGGCUGACCGCCGAGGUCGAGAAUGCCAAGUGUCAGAACACCAAGCUGGAGACCGCGGUGACCCAGGCUGAGCAGCAGGGCGAGGCAGCCCUGAGCGACGCCCGCUGCAAGCUGGCCGAGCUGGAGGCCGCCCUGCAGAAGGCCAAGCAGGACAUGGCCUGCCUGGUCAAGGAGUACCAGGAGGUGAUGAACUCCAAGCUGGGCCUGGACAUCGAGAUCGCCACCUACAGGCGGCUGCUGGAGGGCGAGGAGCAGAGGCUGUGCGAGGGCGUCGGCGCUGUGAAUGUCUGUGUCAGCAGCUCCCGCGGUGGCGUCGUCUGUGGCGAUCUCUGCGCCUCAGGUGCUGCCCCUGCUGUCACCAGCCGCGUCUGCAGCGCCCCCUGCAGCGGUAACGUGGUGGUGGGCACCAACUCGUGCGGGGCUUGCAGUGUGGGCUGUAAGAAGUGCUAAGAGGCCGCAGCGCCCCUUCCAGCGCGCAGCCACGUCCCCCUCCGCCCGGCCCGACCCCGAUCGCCCCGCCGCUGCCCCACGACGGCCAGCUGCCCGCCCCCAACAACCAGUCGCCAGAUGUGCACCCUCGGCACGUCCUCCCUGGGUGCUCCUUCUGCGCGCCACCCCCCGGGCGCCCUGAGCCCUGUGCACCUGGGGCGGCACCUUGGCUUCUUUCCGUAGCCUUUCCUAGUAGUGGAUUUAUCAUCUUGAGGAUUCAUCCUUUCUUCUGCCUUCUGUGUUGUUUGCUGGAUUCAUUCGUCCUGCCCGACUCCCUCACCUAAGCUUGCGGGGACAGGGCAGGCCCUAGUCUCUCCCUGUCUCCACUUCCUGGGAAUCUGCCAGUGCGCUGGAUCCUGUGGAAGGGAGGUGGAGAACACUGACGGUGGUUUUCCUGUAACUCUGUGAGGCCCAUGGCCGUGGGAGGGAAGAGCAUCUCCUUGCAGGGCUGCCUGCAGAAGCUUCUGAAAACCCAGCGACGUAACUGCCAGCCCCUUUGUCUUCGUUUCACUCUGUGUUUCCAAUAAACUAACUGUAGCGUAUCAAA